GAACGCGCCCCGGCGCCCGCGUCGGCCGGGCCUGUUUAUACGCGCGGGCGCGCGCGCGCCGUGCGGCCCUCCUGGUGCGCGUGGCCGCCGACGUGCGCGUUCUUGGCCCGGAUUGCUCGGCACCCGGAGCGGCGGCCCGAGGGCAAGGGCGGCUUUCUGGGGCGCGCGCCCCGAAGUCGGGGGUCGCGGGCGGGCGCGCGCCCUGCUGUUGGGAGGCGGCGCCGUCGCGAGGGCGCGCUGCACACCCCUGCUGCGCCGAGGGGCGGUGGGCGGGCGGCUUGCGGUGCGAAGAAGGCUCGGGUUGGGCCCUUCCUGCUCUGGUGACGUCCCCAGACCAGUGUGGCCUAGGCCUGGGGAGAAAUCUACCGGCUUUGCGGUCUGGCUUCCAGCCCUGCUCCUCUGUGAGGCGGGCGAGAUUGGUUGUUCUCGAAGAAUGCGGUGACCCAGGGCCCAUGUGCAGGAUGGAAUGUUACAAGUCUUAAGAACUCAGGACAAGCAGCAGAAAUACAUGCAACAUGGUGACUGAAACCCUGAGGACUCUGCAAUAUGAAUAAUUCUUUGGAGAACACCAUCUCCUUUGAAGAGUACAUUCGAGUAAAGGCACGUUCUGUCCCACAACACAGGAUGAAGGAAUUUCUGGACUCAUUAGCCUCUAAAGGGCCAGAAGCUCUUCAGGAGUUCCAGCAGACGGCAACUACUACUAUGGUGUACCAACAGGGUGGAAAUUGCAUUUACACAGACAGCACUGAAGUGGCUGGAUCCUUGCUUGAACUUGCCUGUCCAGUAACCACCAGUGUUCAGCAGCAAACCCCACAAGAACAGCAGAUCCAGGUUCAACAGCCACAGCAGGUUCAGGUACAGGUGCAGGUACAGCAGUCUCCACAGCAGGUCUUGGCUCAACAGCUCUCUCCUCAGCUCACUGUUCAUCAGCCUGCUGAGCAGCCUAUUCAGGUCCAGGUGCAGAUCCAAGGCCAAGCACCACAGCCGGCAGCCCCCUCCAUCCAGACCCCGUCUCUACAAAGCCCCAGCCCCUCGCAGCUGCAGGCAGCCCAGAUCCAGGUGCAGCAUGUACAGGCGGCUCAACAGAUCCAAGCUGCAGAGAUUCCCGAGGAGCACAUCCCACAUCAGCAGAUUCAGGCUCAGCUGGUGGCUGGCCAGUCUCUUGCUGGGGGUCAACAAAUCCAAAUCCAGACCGUGGGUGCUCUUUCCCCACCACCAUCCCAGCAGGGCUCACCCCGGGAAGGGGAGCGGCGGGUUGGCACAGCCAGUGUCCUUCAGCCAGUGAAGAAGCGCAAAGUGGACAUGCCCAUCACUGUGUCCUACGCCAUCUCAGGGCAACCGGUGGCCACCGUGCUGGCCAUUCCACAGGGCCAGCAGCAGAGUUACGUGUCUUUGAGGCCAGACUUACUGACAGUAGACAGUGCCCACCUGUACAGUGCCACUGGGACCAUUACAAGCCCUACAGGAGAAACCUGGACCAUCCCUGUUUACUCUGCCCAGCCCCGGGGGGACCCUCAGCAGCAGAGCAUUACCCACAUUGCCAUUCCCCAGGAAGCCUACAACGCAGUUCACGUCAGUAGCUCACCCACAGCCCUGGCAGCUGUAAAGCUGGAGGAUGACAAGGAGAAGAUGGUGGGCACCACGUCUGUAGUGAAAAACUCCCAUGAAGAGGUAGUGCAGACCCUCGCAAACUCUCUCUUUCCAGCACAGUUCAUGAAUGGCAACAUCCACAUUCCAGUGGCUGUGCAGGCUGUGGCAGGCACAUACCAGAAUACAGCUCAGACUGUCCAUAUAUGGGACCCCCAGCAACAGCCACAACAACAAACUCCCCAGGAACAGACGCCACCACCGCAGCAGCAGCAGCAGCAGCAGCUUCAGGUUACUUGCUCAGCUCAAACUGUCCAGGUUGCUGAAGUUGAACCACAGUCACAGCCACAACCAUCCCCAGAACUUCUGCUUCCAAAUUCUCUGAAGCCAGAAGAAGGACUUGAAGUAUGGAAAAACUGGGCCCAGACCAAGAAUGCUGAACUAGAGAAGGAUGCUCAGAACAGACUUGCACCCAUUGGGAGACGUCAACUGCUGCGAUUCCAGGAAGAUCUCAUCUCUUCUGCUGUGGCUGAAUUAAAUUAUGGGCUCUGUCUAAUGACCCGGGAAGCUCGAAAUGGAGAAGGCGAACCAUAUGAUCCAGAUGUUCUGUACUAUAUUUUCCUGUGUAUUCAAAAGUAUCUUUUUGAAAAUGGGCGGGUCGAUGACAUUUUCUCCGAUCUUUAUUAUGUUCGUUUCACGGAGUGGCUACACGAAGUUCUAAAGGAUGUUCAGCCUCGAGUCACUCCACUUGGCUAUGUCCUGCCCAGCCACGUGACUGAGGAGAUGCUGUGGGAGUGCAAGCAGCUUGGGGCUCACUCCCCUUCCACUCUGCUGACCACCCUCAUGUUCUUUAACACCAAGUACUUCCUAUUGAAGACAGUGGACCAGCACAUGAAGCUGGCUUUCUCCAAGGUCUUGCGUCAAACUAAGAAGAACCCCUCUAAUCCUAAGGAUAAAAGCACGAGUAUUCGGUACCUGAAGGCCCUUGGCAUACAUCAGACUGGCCAGAAAGUUACAGAUGACAUGUAUGCAGAACAGACGGAAAAUCCAGAGAAUCCACUGAGAUGUCCCAUCAAGCUGUAUGAUUUCUACCUCUUUAAAUGCCCUCAGAGUGUGAAAGGCCGGAAUGACACCUUUUACCUGACGCCUGAGCCGGUGGUAGCGCCCAACAGCCCGAUCUGGUACUCGGUCCAGCCUAUCAGCAGAGAACAGAUGGGACAGAUGCUGACUCGGAUCCUGGUGAUACGAGAAAUUCAGGAGGCCAUUGCAGUGGCCAGCGCAAGCACCAUGCAUUGAGAUCCCUCAGCUGCGGUGCAAGGGAGACCAUCUAAGAAAACCGGACAGACUUCCCACUCAAGAAGAGGCCUCCUUUUUUUUUUUUUCAUUUCCUUUUUUAUUGAUGUAGUUUUGAAGCCAUUCAGGCUGCUUCUGUUUAAAAUGUAAAAGGAAACUGCCCCUUCAUCUUUAUGCAUCUUCAGCAUAAGCCUGCUCUGGCAGACUCCUCAGCCACGGGGCUCUGGGUUUCCUGAGAACCAGAUGACCUAGAAAGUUGCUGGCUGACUUUUUCUUAUUUUGUCUGGGGUCUGGGGAAAGGGCUUGGACUGUUAGGAGAAAUGUGGCCCCUUCCCUUCCUCCAGAAAGAUGGAAUUAAUGAUGGAUGGAACCUCCAGGAAAUCUUCCCCCAGCUGGCUUCCACUCUGGCAGACUUCACAGAUCCCAGGGAAGCCAUGGUGUGUCUACGUGUGCAACUUAUUAGCAUCUUAAUGGAAGGAAAUGAGGGGAACUUCAAUUAUGAUUUAUUAAAGACAAUUUCUAUUACACCCUCCUUUAUGACAAGUGACAUUUUAGAUGUUAAAGUAAAAACUUUACCAUGCUUUUUUUUUUUUUGGCCUAACAUUGAGGCCUUAAACCUGAGGCUCCUGUGCCUGAUGGAAUUCUUGUAACAUACACUUGUGUAUCAUAUAAAGAUACCACUCUGUUUCUCUUAUGUAUUCUUAAUCUAGUUGUUUAUUAAGAAUGACAAGCACGUCUUUUCAA